UAAAAUAAAAUAUAACUCCUCAUUUUGAAACCCUAGUUCGCAAAACCCAUCUCUUGUCCGAGUAUCCCUUCCCUGCGUCGCCGGAUUUGAAAACUCCACCGUGAAAGAUGCAGCACGACGAGGUCAUAUGGCAAGUCAUCAGACACAAGCACUGCAGUUACAUGGCCAAAAUCGAAACCGGAAUCUUCUGUAGAAACCCUUACAACGUUACGGGUAUUUGCAACCGAAGCUCUUGUCCUCUUGCUAACAGCCGUUACGCUACCAUUAGAGACCACGAUGGUGUGUUUUAUUUGUAUAUGAAGACAAUAGAGAGAGCCCAUAUGCCUAAGAACUUGUGGGAGAGGGUGAAGUUGCCUAGGAACUACGAGAAGGCUCUUGAAACCAUUGACAAGCACUUGUUGUAUUGGCCUAAGUUGUUACAGCACAAGAUCAAGCAAAGACUGACCAAAAUGACUCAGAUGCGUAUUCGUAUGAGGAAACUGGCUCUCAAGACAAGGGAGAAGAUAAUGACUACACCAAGGAGGGAUAUCAAGAGAGAAUCAAGAAGAGAGGAGAAGGCUGUUAAAGCAGCGGUCUUGGAUAAGGCUAUUGAGACCGAGUUGCUAGAGCGUUUGAAGAAGGGUAUUUAUGGUGACAUAUACAAUUACCCGGAACUUGAGUGGAACAAGGUUCUUGAUGAAGAAAAGAAAUUGGCAGAAGGUGUCGAGGAAGAGGAAGAAGAGGAGGAGCCAGAGAUUGAAUAUGUUGAAGGAUACGAAGAGCUUGAAGAAGAGGAAGAUAUGGAAGAUUUCUCUGGCUUUCCCUCUAAGAUGUCUAACUUCAACGAUGAUGAACAUGAUUCAGCUGAUGAGGAGGAAGACGACGAUGAUGGUGAGGAGCAAGUUGUGAUUCAUAAAAAAGGAAAGAGAGAUUCAAGAAAGUCUGAUGAUCUUGGAAAAUCAAAGAAGAAGAAGAAGAAGAGAGUAGUUGUUGAGAUGGAGCAAGAAGAUGGAGACGUGAUACGAACCCUGAAAACCGCAAGCUGAGCUUAGAUCCCAAAAAACUUGAAGCUUUUUGCAGAAGAAAGUGUAGUUUGUUUUUGUUUUGUUGUGGUGCUGAGGGACACGAGAAGAGGAAAGCUUUCUUCUUGACAGUGUUACAGUUGAAAGUGUUGAAGGCUUUUCCAGUUUUGUACCCUUUUCGUUUUUAUGUAUUGUAAAACUUAAUUUGCUCUGACGUUUUAAUUUUAUAAUAUACUUUCAAAAUGAA